AUCAACCUCAACAUCGUCCUAGUCCUCCCUAGUCCUCGCACCUCCUCUCAUCCUUUCCUCGCUCUCAUCGCGGCCGCCUUCCACCUCUCGCAAAUACCUGGUUCUCUCCCGUCACCAUGCGAUUCUCCAUUUCCGCCGCCUUACUCUCGCUCGUCGCUCCCCUGGCCCUCGCCUUGCCUUCGGCAGCGCCCGCCUCUCCCGAAGCUCUCGAGACCGAUCUCGUCUCAUCGGUCCACAAUCUUACCGAACGUACCUACUAUACUACGACUUGGACUUCCUUGCGUUGCGACCGCAUCUCGGGUUACUACGGCUUCGGACUUUUCGCCGUCAAGUACGAUUUCGGGUGCCUUUGUUACAAUGACGUGGAUACUUUCUGCCGAGUCAACGGAUUGAGCUAUACCAUGAACAGUUGGAUCAAAGGGCAAUUCAAUUACCAGUCGUACAACAAAUAUCCUACCGGUUCGCAGCCCACCUGUGACGAUAAAGGUGGAUACACCUGCCCGUUCGGCAAGAACAGCGAUGGAUCAUGUGCCCAGCACGCGGCUUCUUGUGGCGAUGGUCAAUGCUUGCAAUCGGAUGGUACUUGUUGUCCGCGAGGCACUACCAAGAUCAACGGCUUGUGCUGCGCUCAAACCUGCAAGGGCACGUCCGGCGGCAAGUGUUAUGGAGCCGGUAGCUGCGCCGAUGGCAAAGUCCUGAGCAACGAGCUUUGUUGCCAAUCCGGUUGGACCGGGUACGACACCGUAUGUUGCCCCUCUGGACAGAUCGAGGAUUCGACCAAGCCUGGUACCUGUACCUGCUCGAACGCCAACCAGGCUAUCGUGAACGGGGUCUGUCAGAACCGAUGCACUUCAGGACAGACCUGGUUUGCCGGAGCUUCCAAGUGCUGCCCCUCGUUCCAGACCAUCAUCAACGGUCAAUGCUCGUGUCCCGCCGGUCAAGUGCUCAACAGCGCAAAAACCGCUUGUACGGCGCAAUGCACGACUCAACAAAAGUUCGUCCCCGAGAGCGGCACUUGCCAGCCGAAAUGUGGAUCGGGCUUUACUUGGUCGUCUUCCGCCACGAACCCCGAUGGUCUCUGCUGCUCUGGCGGAAGGGUGUGCAACACGAAAGUCUGUUGUCUCACGACCGAGAUCGAGAGCCACGGUCAUUGUUGCCCCAAGGGAUAUACCUGGCGAAACAACGCUUGCCAGGCUCCCAGCGGAGUUCCCACCGCUCCCAAGCGUCGACGAGCUCUCAACAACCAGCGAACCCUUUCCGCAUCGGAAAAGACUCGUCUAAGGAUCGACGACAAACUCUGUCCCAAGAACCUCUCGGCUUGCCCGAUCGACGGAUCGGCAUCAGGCGGUUACGAGUGCCUCGACUCUUUCACCGAUAUCAACUCGUGUGGUGGAUGCGCAACCAUGGGCGAAGGGCAAGAUUGCACUGCGAUCAAGGGAGCCAAAUGGAUGGGAUGCGAACAGGGCAGCUGUGUGGUAUACUCCUGUCGACCGGGAUUCAAGCUCGUAGAUGGCAAGACCUGCGUCAAGGCAUAGGGAGAAGGUCACAUUUCUUUAUCAUUUUGGGUCUCAAGAGCUAUCAGAAGCGCCUCACAUAGACAUACGCAAACACCUCAUAAUUCCUCAAGCGGUCUCGUCGACG